AUGCCCAGAUUAUUCCUGAAAAUCCUAAUAUACAGUUGGAUAGCUUUUAUUUCUCUGGCCAACGGCCAAGCCGACUUUUUCACUUCUGACGAUAAUGUUACGCAAGUGGAAGAAGACUUUCGGGUCGACGACGUUACGAAGAUUCUGAAGAGGCUCGGCAACUACAACAGGAAUGCGUACCCGCUUCUGGAUGAAGGUGAGCUCAUUCUGUCACGUCAUCAACCCAAACAUGCUCAUACUCAUUUAUAUUUUUGCUCUCAAGAUCCCGAGGUCAUCCGUCCGUAUGAAUCAACUUUCUUUCGGCUGACAGCUCUGUUCGGUCUCAUUUAAUUAAGAGUCUUCCUCGAAGACGACGCGUGCCUCCCUCUUGUUCAUAACCCAAUUUUAUUGUCCCUCGUAAAAACUUUUUAUUUCUUAUUCUUCCUCCCGCGUCUGCCUUUUUUCUUCCGCUCCUCGUUCUGCUGAAAACAGAGCGAAAGUGCAUUCAUUGUGCCCCGGCUGAAAUGUCCGAAUUCCCCCGCCUCUUCCCAUCCGUCAGACCGCGCAUAUCCAUCAAUUCGAGAGUGCCCUUCCGGCGAAAAUGAAACUGUCCGCGAGACGGAAAAGGAUGGGAAGGGGUUUGGAAGGCAUAACAAGAAAAAAACGAGUUUGGAGGGGGAAGAGUGUGCUUGGAUGGGUUCGUUAGUUCGGGGUGUUGUGCCCGGGAAGCGAGAACAAAAAAAACAUAACACGAAAGAAAGAAGGUCUGGAAUAGGCUCCGCACCGGGUUUGCGAACAAUCGACUCACCAAUCCGAAGAAGACGUGACACAGUUUCAGACGAACCGACGUACGUGGAUAUCCAGAUGUACAUCGAAGGAAUGUCGUCGUUCCACGCACAAUCCAUGGUGAGCUGUUUUCCUAAACUUCCUGAAGUUUCGUUUGGCUUCUUCUUGCUCGCGGAGCAAGUCAAACCUGAUUGAAAACGUGGUGAAAAUUGGGCAGACAAUUAGUCAUGGGCAGGCGUGCGCGUGCUUCGAAUUCACAAGAAGCAAACGCUUCUUCCCCUCCUUCCUUCUCUUUUCUCACUUUGCUCCCGGCGGCUCUUUUAGGAUUCAAUUCUAGCGGACCGGGUCGCCGUGUGUGAUUAGUGAGAAGAGUGAGUAUCCAAACAUUAACUGUGGUCCACUUCCGCCGCUUAUUCCCCAAAGAUUUUGAACCAUGUCGUUGUGCGAAAGGAGGCGAGCGAGUGCCUUUCGAAUAUGACUUGAGCAGUUAUUUCGAGACAAACCAAAGUGUCUGAGUGAGAACAAAAAAGAGGCGAGCAAAAGAGCAAGCGUCUCCUUCUUCUUUCCGUCCGACCACAAUUUGACACUUUUCUGAAGAAGUUGAAGAUCCGUCGAUUCAAUGGAAUCUCUCUUUCCCAACAAAACACUUUUCCGAUUGACGAGGGGAGACGGGCACCAACUUUUGCUCAAAACUGAAUUUCAAAUUACAAAUUUGGAAUUCUACACAAAUUCUACACAAAUUCAGCGGCUCGUGGUCGCUCGCGCUCCACUGAGAAUUGCGGUUUGAGGUCAACUCAGGAAUUCAUCCGACGGCCGAAAGUGCGGAAAAACGGAAGAAAUGAAGAGGGGAAGAGGAUUAAAAAUACAGGUUCUUGUGUUCUUCUUCUUCUUUUCCUUCCUUCUUCUUGUCCCGCUUUCCCUUGUUUAUAUCCAUUUCAUCUGGAAUCUUGUGAGAUACAAGUCGAAAGGCAGGGAGUGGUCUGCUCAUUGUUCCGUCGGAUUGUACAAAGGUUCAAACAACUUGGGAGUGUCUGAAUGGAACCAGAGGGUCCACGUUUAGGUUGGCUUCUGAAGGUUUCCGAAUGACUUAUUCAGAAGACGCCCGUGACACGCUAACGAAAUACCGAGCACACAAAAACAAUUAGUUAUUAGUGUAUAGAAUGCACACUUGUGUGAUGGAUUAGUUCUUAGUAUUUUGACAAUAGUCAUCAUCCAAAGGGUUAAGGUCAAAAACUGAAAAAGACGACGGAAGUAGUGUCCAUUCGACUCUCGAAAAGAGCAAAAUCUCGUGUGUGAACUGAGAGCAAUGAAUCGGCGGAAAUGGUCGAAACCCGAGCCCCGCGGAGCUAAUCUUCAGUCGUCAUUUGAGUCGUUCAGGACUUCCAAGUGGACAUCUACUUCCAAGAGAAAUGGAUAGAUCACCGGUUGCAACACAACAACACAAAACGCAUUCUGGUGAAGGAUCCCAAGUUAUUCGGACUGCUGUGGCAUCCGGAUCUCUACUUUGCAAACGCCCGGACGGCCAACUUCCAUGAUGUCACUCAGCCCAACUUUUUAGUAUGGAUUUACCCGAACGGGACCGUCUGGUACGAUUGCAGGUAUCACAUGAACUCUGAAAAACCUGAGGAGUGCAAAGUUUCAUUUCAGAAUAUCAUUGACGGUUUUAUGUAUGCAGGACUUGGCUAGGUAUCCAUUAGACUCGCAAAACUGUGGACUUCGUAUUCUCAGCUGUAAGACAACAACUAGAAAAGCGUAUCUUGAACACGUUUCUGACUUUAGAUGCGUAUGACGAGGAACAACUGAUCAUCCGGUGGAACGGAGCAAAUCCAGUGGAAGUGAAUCGUGGUAUUCGGAUGCCGGAUAUGCAUCUCAAGCGCAUCAAGUUCUACACGAAGAAUGACGAGUACGCGACGGGCGUCUGGUCGUCCGCAGUGGCUGAGUUCCACGUGGAUCGCGAGAUCACCCAUCACAUCAUCCAGUCAUAUAUCCCCACUUCACUCAUCGUCAUCAUCAGCUGGUUCAGCUUCUGGCUGGACGUCGAGGCGGUUCCCGGAAGGGUUUCUCUCUCCAUCACCACCCUUCUGACUCUCGCCACUCAAUCCAGUGCCGCCAGAAUGGCUCUUCCACAGGUAUUCAUUUCCCAUUUCUCGUUGCAUUUCUCGCUCCAUUUCGAUGCAGGCUUCUGACGUGAAGGCGAUCGACGUGUGGAUGGGCACGUGCAUGGCAUUCGUCUUCUCCGCAAUGAUCGAAUUCACAGCCGUCAACUAUUGCGUCCGGAGGAAAGUGCGCGCCAAACCGAAGGCUCGCGGGCUCUCCGAGCAAGUGCAUGACCUGGUUUCUCAGUAUAAAGAGAAAAAGGACAAAGUGAGCAAAAGCACUCGUCCGCACGUUUCCCUUUCUCAUUCUGCUUUCAGUUCACCAACGGAAACUGCGAGAUCAGCUACGAAUUGUCUCUGCAGCCGACCGAGGACAAUGCCACGUUGCAGCGGAAUUUCGAAAAGAAGGAAUUGCGUGAGAUGAACCAGGCGCCGCUGUUUGUCCGUCGUUCUCUGCUGCCUUCUUCGAAGCGGAAAACCAUUGAAGAAAGGUUCGGAAUGAGUAAUCACCGCCAAACCGCCAAAAAGAUUUGCAGAAUAAACCGGGUGGAAGAGAACCGCAAGUACGCGCAGCGGAUCGACCGAUACAGUCGGGCACUGUUCCCACUCGCCUUCAUCCUCUUCAACGUCUUCUACUGGAUCUACUACCUCAAAUAUGCAGUCAGUAACUCCCCCGAACUUAUUCUCUGA